AUGGACAGCGACGGCAUCUCCGGGGGGGUGUCGCUGCUCCCGCCCUGCGACGCCGCCAGGAUCCGCGCGGCGCACCGCGUCCCCUCCCUCGCCGUCGCCGUGGAGGCGGCAUAUCAGCUGCUGCGCUCGCUUCCGCCGCCGGGGCCCACGCACGAGAUCCGGGUGGUGGCGGCGCCCGCGGCGUCGGGCUUCACCGUGGACCUCGCAGGCGCGUAUCGGUCGCCCGCCGCGGCGGCGGCUGCCGCGUCGCCCCGCCACUGCCGGGGGGCGGCAGCGGGGCUGUCAGAUCUCACGGCCGUCAGUCAAGAAUUGCGGCUGUGUGUUGCCGUGGAAGCGGCGCCGGGACGCGGGCGCGGAGCGCGGCACACGACCCGCUCCCGGGAAAGCCUGGAGAUACUCUUUGAGCGGCGUUGGAGGGGCGCCGACACAGAGACGGGAGAGGACCCCUGGACCGGCGUCUGUGCCGCAUUGACGGCAAAGCUGCGGGCGGCACGGCAGGCAAACGAGCACCAGCCCCCUCCACUACUGCUCCACCUGCGCUGCGAGGUUCGUGGGCUUUUCUACUGCAUGCCUGUGCGGCAGCGUUCUGCAGCGGGCGGGAGCCACACCUCCUACCGCCUUCGCGCGGAACGUCAAGCACUUCUGUCGGCCGCAUACCGCAUGGCAGUGGAAUGCAUUUUGGCACCGAUGUAUCUUUCCCUUCACGAAACCGCGGGGGCUGCCACCUCGCUCUGCCUGCAUCUGAGCAGCAGCGGGAGCCUAACUGCGGCCGCCGUUGACACCGCCGACGUCGUCUACGUUGAGAACUGCGCCCCGCAACGGGGUGGCGCGGCGGCGUCGGCGGCGCGGUCGACGAAGCGGCGGCGAGAGGAGUCUGAAGGCGUUCGCGAGGCGGGCGAACCCUCACACACGCUCUCCACUGCGCACCGCGUGCUCGCCGCCGUCUUUCCCCACCUCCGCCUCCACAGCGAGCCGUUGGAAGCCCCAUGCAGCAACGCGGCUUCGCGGCUUCGCGAGGCGGUGGUUGACGCCGGCAAGUUCGCCGUCCUCUUCCUUCUCCCGGCGUGGAGGCCGCAGGAGGCGGCGGGGCGUUUGGGCCGCCGCCCCGCCGCACUGGACGCCGUCGUGGUCGCCAAGUCGGCCGCGACCACGGCGUGCCACGUGGUGGACGAGGCGCAUCGGGUGUACCGCCAGGUGGCGCACGGCUUCACGACGCUGUGCCCGCUGAUUGUGUUUCUGGCGGAGUCGCUGCUGGGGAGCGACGACGCCGCGCUGCGAAGGAUGUUUCGCGCGGCGGAGCGCAUUUGCCGCUGCGGGACGGCGACGCUCCCGCAGGAGACACCCCACGCCCCACGAAGGGAGUCACCCUUUGCCGUCGUGGGGGACCUCACGGCGGCGGCUGGGGCGUUGCGAUGCCGCAACGUCGCCGCGGCGGGGCUGCGGGUGUCGUCACUGACGCAGCGCCUUUCCGCCGCGCGGCGUGCGCCAAGGGCAGGCUUCGUCGACGGCGCCCCGCCGGCAUCCGUCCCACGGCGGACGCCGUUUUGCCCGCCGAGUUUGGCGGGGGGCUCUUGCAGGGCGAGCACGCUCCCACAGGUGCGGGCUGCCAUGCGGCUGACGCUUGACCCCGCCCGCAUUGCGCCCCGCGCCUACGCGGCCCCGUCUGUGUGGCCCGGCCUUGGCGAGGCGGACGCGGCGGAGAACUCGCCCUGCCCUUUCCGCGCGAGGCACUUCAUUGCCCAGUGGGACCGCAAGUUUCUUCUUCUUCACAUGAGCGAUACCGGUGGAUGUGCGGGAGCCUCUCGUCUUGCCGCGAAGAGAUCUCCCCUCUCCAUUUUGCCUGCUGCCGCGGCAACGACGGGGCUGCUGACGCGCCCGUCCAAGCAGCAGCGGCAGCAAUCGUGUCAGCAUCCGCUCCCGCCCGCGCUGUACAUUGUGGAUCAGCAUGCGCUUCACGAACGGCUGCGGCUGGAGUUUUUUAUGGCGACCGCAGAGUCGUACGUGCGGCACCUCCCUGCGUCGGUCGCACUGCACGUCCCGAUACCAGACGACAUUCGCCGCGAUGUCACGGCCUACGAGCGCGUCCUCGCGAAGUGGGGGUGGGGCUUUGCACGCGGCAGCCCCCACUGCGAUGGAGGUGGAGGUGCAACGGCAGCAGCAGAGUCCGGAGACGCCAAGGCGCUGCGGUGCUGCGUCGCAGUCACGCAGUGGCCUCACCUUGAACUCGAAGGGCACACGCUACACCUGGACACCAUGGAGACCCUCCGCGCAACCGUGGAGGAGUUUCUCACCGCCCCUCCACCGCGGCAGUCGCCUGCCGCAGGCGGGGCAGAAGCCGUGGGGGACGGCGAUGUGGCACUGCAGAACGCCGGCGCCCGAGUUCUUCCUUCUGCGGUCCUCAACUUUUUAAUCACACGAUCGUGUCGCGGGGCUGUCAUGUUUGGCGACUCUCUUCCUGCAGCUGCGGUGGAGCAACUCAUCGACGCACUGCCGGCCGUUGCACAGUAUACGCUUUGUUCACACGGCAGGCCUUCUUUCGCCGUUAUUCGCAGUCGCGGAACGUAA